AUGGUAGGGACAGGUUACUACCGGCGUACAGCKGAGUAUUUCCCCACCAGACAGCGCCACCGGCUGGGCUGCUACCCGGUACCCAUGGUCCACUCUACCUUCCUGCUGGACAUGAGGAAGACGGGCAUGAAGAAGCUGGCCUUCCACCCCCCUCACCAGGACUACUCCUGGCCCUUCGAUGACAUCAUCGUCUUCGCCUUCUCCUGYCGCGUCUCAGAGGUGCAGAUGUACCUGUGUAACAAGGUGAGGUAUGGUUACCUGAACGCCCCAGCCAAGCCUCACCACACCAUAGAGGACGACAGCAUCAGCUUCAGCCAUCUCAUCCUGGAGGCCACCAUCGAUGGCCCCCCCAUGGCCCCCUCCAAAUACGUGAGCCUUUUCCCCAAACAGAGAGACCUCAUGGGCUUCGAUGAGGUGUACCUGAUCAACCUGCGUCGUCGUCAGGACCGUAGAGACAGGAUGCUGUAUUCUCUCAAUGAGCUGGAGAUAGAUGUCAAGGUGGUGGACGCCAUAGAUGGAGGAGCUCUGAACAGCAGUGAUAUAAAGAUCCUAGGAGUGGACAUACUGCCUGGUUACUAUGACCCGUUCUCCCGCCGUACCCUGACAAAAGGAGAGGUGGGCUGCUUCCUGAGUCAUUACCACAUCUGGAAGGAGACUGUCCCCAGUUACCUGGGCCGUAAGCAGGUGAAGCCAGGUGAUGAGGAGGUGGUGGAGAACGUGAGGAACCUGGUGGUAGCAGACUAUUCCUACUGGACCCUGUCCUACGCCAUCUCUCUCCAGGGCGCCCAGAAACUGCUCAACGCUGAACCCCUCUCCAAGAUGCUGCCCGUCGAUGAAUUCUUACCCAUCAUGUAUGACAAACACACCAAUGAGAACUACAAGUCCCACUAUCCUAACCGUAACCUGCAGGCGUUCUCCACACGCCCCCUACUGGUGCAACCAGCCCAAUACGCCGGGGACCCCAAGUGGGUGAGCGACACAGAGACCUCCACGCUGUGGGACGACGACAACGUGCGAACAGACUGGAGGGGCUCCCACAAAACGCUGAAGGGGGCUCCCCAACCCGAGAUGCUGCAGACGUCAUAUAAAGAUGAGCUGUAGUUCAACCAUAUGUAUUAAUGCCUGAUUCACACUGCACGGCCAACCCCACCCUUACGGAGCUGACUUGGAUAUUGUCUUUUCACAUUGUUCUUUUACAGCACGGUUCCAAAAACAACUGUGGAUGCAUAACCAGGCAGGUACUGUUUGGUUUGACUCGGUAGUGUGAAAAGGGUUACUGGUUAUGGUGCCACUGUUGACUGGGCCACUUCAUUUCUCACUGUAUAAUUCGCCAUUUUGUAUUUGGUACGUCGGCCCAUAUUCACUGGGAGUGACUGGAUAUACAGACAGUAGUGAUGCUGGCGGAGGCUCUAUAGACUUGGUCAAGUGCCCCAAGACCUGAUUUCAAAGUGUGUGUGGGUUUGUUUGUGUGUGUUCAAAUCAAAUGAUGCAUGUUAGGAAUGUCAGUGUUUAUGGAAGMACACUCCUAUACUGUCAGACACCUUCAAGGGUUGGGGUCAAUUUCAAAUUGAAGGCAUUCAAUUCAGGAAGUAAACUGAAAUUACAGUUCAAUUAUGGAUAAAAAAUAUAUGUAUAUUUAUUUUAAUUAAUUUUAAAUUCAACUCACUACCUGAAUUGACUGGCUUCAAUAGGAAUUGACCCCAACCGUGCRAUUGUGCACUGCAGAGCACUCCAGGGCCUGGGUGAGUGUCCCUCACUGUACAUCUAGUCACUGGGUGUCAGAAAACAGAAAUACUGGAGGAAACCAUUCUCUUUUAUAUCACAUUCUACUCAUUCUGUCUAUUGUGAUAACAAUCCUAGUAAAUGUUUUCUUUACUUUAGUAAAGUAACUCCAAACAAGUUGAACUGUGAGCACUCACACAUGGUAAGGAUCCUAUAGCAGUGGUAAUACGUUAGGAGCGGUGUCUCUCUCUAGGCCUGACCUCAUGGUAAGGAUCCUAUAGCAGUGGUAAUACGUUAGGAGCAGUGUCUCUCUCUAGGCCUGACCUCAUGGUCAUCUUAAACCAGAUCAACAGUCCAGAGAGAAGCCUGCCAACCAUAUUCUCCUGACAUGGUGUCAGUUGCCACGACAAUCAAGUUACAUUCUGACUGAGCUCAUCUAUAUUGGUUUGUGUUGAUGUAUUUUUUUCUGUGUACAAAUUCUAUUAUUUGUACAAUUCAUAUUGACAGUUUUCCUAAUUUAUUUCUAGCAUUAUAUUGUGCUUUUUGAAUGCACAGUAUUAAACCCAAGUGCAAUGUCUUAAUUGUAGUGAAAUUCCCUCUUUGUCAAAUAAAUGACUAUACUGUACCUUGAUGUCAAGCAACUAUGAAGAUCAAAUGUUUUUCAAAAGUAGCACAUUUGGCAGAYGCUUUGUCAGUGCCAAAACUGUUCAAAAAUGGAUGUGACACUGAUGUAACUAACUUUAUACAUGAUUAAAAAUCUWCUUUUUCAAUUUUUA